CUUGGUGGCACUGGUGCCAUCACUGGUGGGUUCCCUUGGUGGCCUGUUGUUGGCAGUGGUGGCAUCCCAUGGCCAUGCUGGUGGCACCCCCGAUGCCAUCACCAAUGCCCCUGCUGGUGCCAGCUGGUCACCGCGGCGGUGUCUCCAGUGGGGCCAGCGCUGAUGGUGUCACUGGUGUGUGUGUUGUCCUCCUGCCACCGCCGGUGGCCGCUCGGAUGCCCUGGUGCGGAGGCCACCCCUGUCGCCGCUGCUGUCCCCAGGCCGCGCUGGGGCCCUGCCUGCAGCGGGUCCUCCCGCCCGCCAGGGGGCGCUGUGGGGCCGCUGCGGGCACCGAGCGGGCGGAAGUGACGUAGCGGAAGCGAAGCGGCCGCCAUAGCAACGGCGGGAUGAAUGCGCCUCCGGCCUUCGAGUCCUUCCUGCUCUUCGAGGGCGAGAAAAAGAUCACCAUCAACAAGGACACCAAGGUGCCCAACGCCUGCUUGUUCACCAUCAACAAGGAGGACCACACGCUGGGGAACAUCAUCAAGUCGCAGUUGCUCAAAGACCCGCAGGUGCUGUUUGCAGGGUACAAGGUCCCACAUCCUCUGGAACAUAAAAUCAUCAUCCGUGUCCAGACCACCCCCGAUUACAGCCCCCAGGAAGCGUUCACCAAUGCCAUCACCGACCUGAUCAGUGAACUCUCCCUGCUGGAAGAGAGGUUCAGGGUAAGGCCACUUUUUUCCCUUAAAACUAUUUGGGCUUGUAAUUAAUCAAAGGGAUGGGGUCGUGUGUCUUAAAGCUGCUGGGUUUUAGGUUUAUGAAUUAAUUCAAGCCACCCUCCUUGUGUGGUUCAGCUGCUGGCAAAGCAUGGCAGAGCCUGGCUGCUCUGAAGUGAUUUAUUUUAUUUUAAUUUUAAUUUUAUUUUAUUUUAAUUUUAUUUUAUUUUUAUUUUAUUUAAUUUUAAUUUUAUUUAAUUUAAUUUUAUUUUAAUUUAAUUUAAUUUAAUUUUCACUUCUUCUGACAAAACUCUUGUGUUUUCACUUCUCAUCGCUUCUGCUCACUUUAUUUAUUGAUUUUGCCCCUGAAUUUUGAGAUCUAAUUUACCCAAAAUAUUACUCAGACAAAUUCAGGGAGCCUGUGACUGAGGUAGUUCCUGGGAAAAGGUACCAGGGCACCAAAUUGUAAAUAAGUUUUCAUUUUAAUUUCUGUAUUAUUUUUCUGGGUGCUGUAGAGAUUUCCACUGUGGCUUGUUGUGAUUCACAGGAGAGUCAGGAAUGAUUAAACAUCCACCUCCAGCUCAGUAACAACUCUCAGCAUGUGUAUUUUUCCUUUUCUUUGCAGGUUGCUAUUAAGGACAAACAAGAAGGAAUCGAGUGAAACACC